UGUGAGCAUGCGCUGAUUGACACGCGUGGAGGCGCGAAUGAAGAACAAAACACAGGAAAUGUGUGUGUGUUUAACACUGUAAGAGCGAAAUGACCACAUAUUCGAGAUGAUAGACAUUAGUGACGUGUAAGUGUGAGUUUGAGAGAUGAGCAGCUGUAAGAAUUAAAGCGGUUCUGCACACGAGACGAACCGCAGAUGUCUGCGCGCGACUGCAGUCAGCCAACAGAGGGCAGCAGCGCUGAAGUGUCUGUGAUCAUGCCGGUGUAUAACGCCUCCGAUUGGCUGGACGAGUGUCUUCAGUCGAUACUCCAGCAGGAUUUUCAGGGCUGUAUGGAGCUGUCUGUGUAUGACGACGGCAGUACGGAUAACUCCAGAGAGAUGAUUGAAAGCUGGAGGGAGAGGUUGGAGGAGAGAGGCGUUUCCAUGGUGAUGUCAGGCCAUAACUCCACCAGUCCUAGAGGAGUUGGAUUUGCUAAAAACCAGGCAGUGUGUCAGAGCUCCGGACGAUUCCUCUGUUUUCAGGAUGCGGAUGAUGUCAUGAGACCUCAGAGGGUGAGACUACAACAUGAAGCUGCUGUGUUAAACCCAACAGCUAUUGUUGGUUGUAAAGUUUGUCGAGUUCCUGAAGGCUCCACAGAACGAUACACCAGGUGGAUCAACAGUCUGACACCAGAUCAGAUCAUCACACAGGUCUACACCUCUCACGGGCCGACGGUCGUCAUGCCAACCUGGUUCUGCUCAAGCGAUUGGUUCCAGAAAGUUGGUCCGUUUAAUGAAGGAGGAAAGGGCGUUCCGGAAGAUCUGCUGUUCUUCUACGAGAGUCUGCGUCGUGGAGGGGGCGUGGUCAGAGUAGAUGAGUGUUUAUUGGUGUAUCGAUAUCAUGAACACGCGGCAACACAUUCUGUUCUGGAGGAGACGAUCUGGAGCCUCCGCGUGGACUUCCUGCAGGAGCGAGUGCUCAGCCAAUGGGAAUCGUUCACCAUAUGGAACGCUGGGAAACAGGGACGAAAGCUCUACCGCAGUUUGACACCGGCCAAUCAGAAGAAGGUGAAGGCGUUGUGUGACGUCGACGAAAACAAAAUCCAGAAGGGCUUUUACACGUAUGAGGAGUCACAGGAACGACCUAAACCCAAGAUUCCCGUGCUUCACUUCACAACGGCAUCUCCUCCGUUUAUAGUGUGUGUGAAACUGGACAUGACCGAUGGAGUGAUGGAGGAGAAUCUGCGCUCGCUGCAGUUAACAGAGGGAAAACAUUAUUACCAUUUCAACUGAAUCUGAAACACAAGCGUGUGUGUGAGAGAGAGAGAGCUGGGAAUGUGUUCAUGCUUCACUUCUCAGAAUACCAGCCUUGAGAAACCUCUCACAUCACUAUUAGCACCUAGUCUUCAACCCACACACACAGACGUUUGUUUGCAUUCCUGAUGGCCCGCGUGUCGCCCUCUUUUCUGGGUGACCCGUCUCACAGAACCGUUUCCCGCGGGCGUGCUCGGCUUUGAUCAGAACAAACACACACUGCCCGAUAGAGACUGAAACACGGGUUCGGUUUUAAUGUGCGUUUAAAUGAAAGGUUUACACGAAAUUGAAUAUUUGUGUCAUUUCAAACCUGCAUACACAAAAGAAGAUAUUGUGAAGAAUGGCAAAACCCCAUUGACUUCCAUUGUAUGUUUCUCAAAACAUCUUCUUUUGUGUUCCACAGAAGAAGUACAGUGAUAUUUUACUUUUUUUUUUGUGGUGAAUAAAUGAUGAUAACAUGUUUAUUUUUGUCUGAACUGGCCUUUUAAGAAAGCAGUUUUAAAUCAGAAGUGGUAUGACUGAAUCAAGCUGGUUUCACCAAUGAAAGUCAUUUUAAGAAAGAAAACAACUUUUUAAAGGAAUGGCUGUGUUGUUUUAACAUUAUGUUGUUGUCUUUUAAAUACUAAUCAUAUGUUAUAGAGACAUUAGGGUAUUUGUUGUGCGUGUGUAACUAAUGUCAGGUUUAGGCCACGGCGGUCUCGUCGUGAUUGGUCAGGAUACUUUUAUCUCUUUUCUUUUCAACAGUCAUUCAUUUUCCUUUAGAUUGUGUGUUUGAGAGAGAGAGAUUGGAAUGUGUGUGUUCCAUUAAAACAUUAUCUGAGGUCAGCGGGCACGUGUGUGUGUGCGUGUGUGUGCGCGCUCAUUCUGUCAUCAGUCUUGACGUGUUCCAGGUGAUGAAGCAUGCUGUAGGUGUGUGUGUUUGUGAGGGGUCAGGUCAGAGGUCAUGACCUAUAAAUAUUUAGGAUGGUGUAGAGAUGGAGGCUGGAGUCAUUGCACCAUUUUAAAGAAACAUGUCUGUGUAGAGAUCACAGAAAUGUCCAGACGCACAUCACACCUCUCAUUCUCCCCUUAUGGUGUUACACAUUACACAAAUAUUGCCUUACAGCUAUUUUAGUUUUGGUAUAUU